AUGCGACCACCACGCCUGCUCAUCUUCCUCUUCUGUCUUAUCUUCUUUCCAAUCCUCCUCACCUUCUUUUCCGCGCUGAUAUCGCCCGAUGUAACAACUCCCAAUACCCUCGCUAGUCAGACAACUGGGCUGCGCACUUUGUUUUCUUUCACCAUACCGUCGUCCCUUUUCCCUCCGUCGGCCAUUAUAAGUCUCACCGACGACAACUCAACCUUCUUCCUAGCCCGGCCAGCGGCAUUUGGUCCGCUGCUGCCAACCAAAGGCCUCAGCGGUCAGUUAUGGGUGGGAAGUGGCUUUGGUGAGGGGGGAUUAGCUGGUGGUGUGGAAGGGGAACUGGGCUGCUCCGAUAUUCCCGGCUGGGGCGAGAGCACCAAUCAUAAGAAACAAGACAAACCCCCCAGGAGCGUGGAGCAGACUUCCGGCAUCUCCGGUGGUAGUACAGUGAAUGAUCAAUCACCAAACCGCCCGCGGUCGGUGUCGCAGGCCGACACUACACCUCAGAAUGAUAGAGAUGAUCCAGCCAACCCACCCUUGACUAACGAUGGCACCGACGAUCAUCUACAUCAUCCACUCGCUGAAUCCGGUGCUUCUAACCCCGGGAUGAGUCAGAAAUUUGGAGAUUACGUACAAAGCAAGCCGCCUGCGCAUGCCGACAUUCAAUCACUACAGGAAACUGCCGAAAUUCAGGGUAAGGUCGUGCUGUUGAGUCGGGGUGGCUGUGGGUUUUUGGAAAAGGCCAAAUGGGCGCAACGACGAGGAGGGGUCGCUUUGAUUGUCGGCGACGAUACUCGAGGUGGCAACUUAGUUACCAUGUACGCACGAGGCGAUACAUCGAACGUCACGAUCCCGGCAUUGUUCACAUCCCACACUACUGCUCAUCUUUUAUCGUCAUUGGUUCCUGGACAUGCCGGUGGAACUGCCGGUUUGGGAGAUGUGUUAAAAUCAUCACAGGCGAAGCUGGCAGGACAGGCUGACGCCAACAAAGAACGGGUGGCAACUACAUCAGCAACAACAGCCAUUCCAAGUCCAACUGCUAGAAGCCAUUCGACAUCCAAGGAGACACUUGCGCCCUCGUCUCCUUCGAAAGGCGGCUUUUUCCGUGCAAUUGGCGCCUUCCUGGGAUUGUGCGAUAAGAACGAAGGUUCGCAGCAUCUGGAAGACAGCCGACGUCCGCCCAGCAGCGGCAACAUUGACUGGAUCAGCCUAGGCUCACAGGAUGAAAAGGAAGCCCCAUCGAGCGCCUGGAGGAGAUCAACUGAUUUCAAUUAUCGUGGUCGGGCCAAAGGAGACGACGUAUUCGACAGCCACAAGGCAGACAUGUCCUCGGAAAGUUCUGAGGAUGAUGACUUUGUUAUCGGUGUCCAGGACUGGAGAGAUCCCGACUUGAUGCCUCCUAAGAGUAGCACACCCCCGACAGCAGGCACCUCUGUAUCUGGCAAAGAUGCAGCUAAGACUGCCAGCGCGGAUAAAGAUGCUGCUUCCUCGCCCAAUGGCCUUCAGGGUGGUAGCAUCACACCAGGAAGUGGAGAAUACCAGAGCAUCGACAAAUCCAGUGCUGGUUUUCAUGACGCGCGCCUCAAGGGGUCUGAAAAAGAAUCUAUCGGAACUCAUGGGAAAUCUGGGUCUUCAACAAAGGGUUGGUUUUCAAGUCACUUUGGAUGGGGAGAUGAUACCCAGCAAGAUUUUCAGCCUUCCUCGUCGCCUUCCCUUCAGAAAAGUACUGCACCAAACCAGCAGAUGCAAAGUAACCCUCACACAUCGAGCCGUCUAAGCGCGGAGUCUUCCGAGCAUGAAGGUCUCUGGGUUACCAUGACACCUACCAGCAUGUCUACCAGCCCCUUUUUCGAUACUCUACUGGUCCUUGUCGUCAGUCCUUUGCUCACACUAACGGUUGUUUAUGCCCUUUUGCUGCUCCGGUCUCGUAUCCGUCGUCGUCGCUGGCGUGCGCCGAAGUCGGUCAUCGAGCGACUUCCUGUCCGAACCUACCACACAAUAACAACCACUUCUUCGUCAUCUGCCAACUCAACGCGUCCCCCUAGUCCCGAUCCUAUCUCCCCGACUUCCCCACUCCUUGGCAAUGAAAGCCGGCCAAGUGCAUCCCGAUCAAACAGGUCACGUUCACAAACUUUCUCGGGCACUAUGCUAGACUCAUCUGCCAUGCCCAAGGAAGAGAAGUGCAACCUGCAAAGCGGAUCUACCUUGUGGCGACGCAAGUAUACAGGAAGGCAGGUGGAGUGCGUCGUAUGUCUUGAGGAAUAUGUCGAUGGCCAGAGCCGGGUUAUGAGCUUGCCCUGUGGCCACGAAUUCCACGUGGAAUGCAUUACCCCCUGGUUGACUACUCGUCGACGAACUUGUCCAAUCUGUAAAGGCGAUGUUGUACGUUCGUUGGCACACUGUCAACCCGGCGAUUCUCGGGGUAAUCGUGAGCAGUCCAAUGACGACGUUCACUCCGCCCACUCAAACUCUCGAGGCAGCGCAUCUUCCGCUCCGUUGCUAAUUGAAGGCGCCAAUGUCGAUGCCUCAGAUCCGGAACAAAAUGCAGGUCUACUUGGCGACCAUGCAAAUUCUGCUCCACCGUCAAGUUGGCGAAACCUGGCUACCCUCAGCUUUUCUGCUCUAAGCGGCGAUACCAUAUGGCACCAGGCUCGUGCAGACCGUAAUCGCUAA